CAGAAGGUGGUGAUGGGUCACCGGAAUCUCAAUCGUUGACUUCCUAUGAAGAAGCAUUGGAGGCUUUGUCCUCUUUGAUCAUCAAACGCACUCGUGCUGAUGGUAGCAAUAUGGGUGAUCAAUUUGAUGUUCUAUUUGAGUAUCUAAAGAUGCUAGAUUUGGAGGAGGAGAUUUCAAAUAUGAAGAUUAUCCAUGUGGCAGGUACCAAAGGGAAGGGAUCUACGUGCACCUUCACAGAAUCUAUAUUACGUAACUGUGGUUUUCGUACCGGACUCUUUACAUCUCCACACCUCAUUGAUAUCCGAGAAAGAUUUCGUUUAGAUGGUACAGAAAUCUGUGAAGAGAAGUUUUUAGCAUACUUCUGGUGGUGUUAUGAUAGACUAAAGGAAAAAACUGAUGAUAAUGUUCCAAUGCCUACCUAUUUCCGUUUCCUCGAUUUACUCGCCUUCAAGAUAUUUGCAGCAGAACAGGUAGAUGUUGCUAUCAUGGAGGUUGGAUUAGGUGGAAAAUAUGAUGCAACUAAUGUGCUUCAGGAACCUAUUGUGUGUGGAAUAACUUCCCUAGGGUAUGAUCACAUGGAGAUUCUUGGAAAUACUCUUGGCGAAAUCGCUGGCGAGAAAGCUGGUAUCUUUAAGGAUCGGAUACCUGCUUUUACAGUGACACAACCUGAAGAAGCCAUGCAUGUACUUGAAGAGAAGGCUUCUAAAUUGAAUGUACCUCUUCAAGUGGCACGCCCGUUAGACGCCAAAUUGCUAAAUGGUUUAACACUUGGUCUUGAAGGCGAACAUCAAUAUUUAAAUGCCGGUCUUGCAGUUGCACUGUGCUCGACAUGGUUGAAAAGGACCGGACAUGUUGGAGACACACACUUCGAUCAAACCGACGCUUUGCCGGAACAGUUUGUAAAAGGGUUAACAAAUGCAAGUUUGCAAGGAAGGGCUCAGAUUGUUACCGACAGGCACUUCAAAAGUGAACAAUUAAAUGAACUUGUUUUCUUUUUAGAUGGCGCUCAUAGUCCUGAAAGCAUGGAAGUUUGUGCUAGGUGGUUUUCUCUUGCUAUCAAAGAAAACAACCCGAACCAAACAUUGUUUCGUCAGCAACCGAAUAAUCCUAAAUCCUCGCAUGAAGUAGUGAAGAUGCAACAUGUGGAAAGAGGAUUCCAGCAAAAAUCCGCUCAGAUAUUGCUGUUCAACUGUUACCGAGAUCCUCAGUUGCUUCUUCCUCGCCUGAUGGAAACAUGUGCUGAUCAUGGAGUCUAUUUCAAGAAGGCGCUGUUUGUACCGAGUCUAUCGGUGUAUAACAAAGUUGGAUCCCAAGCAUCAACACUGUCCGAUUCUCAAGUUGAUCUGUCAUGGCAGUUCAAUCUUCAAAGAAUGUGGGAAAAUCUCAUGCAAAGCAACAAAGGUAAAAUUACCGACAUUGUUUUUGAAGAACUAAAAGAUGAUAUGGAAAUAAGUGCCAGUAAUUGCGAACAUACUGCAGUGUUCUCCUCGUUGCCAAUGGUAAUCAAAUGGCUUAGGGACAGAGCGCAACAAAAUCAGUCGGUUCGUUUUCAGGUCCUUGUGACUGGUUCGUUACAUCUUGUUGGCGACGUUUUGAAAUUAGUUAAGAAGUGAUUCGAUGGAAAUUUUUUGAAGUUUCUUUCAAGAUGGGCUUGCAUUAUAAUUUGGAAACACACCAAGAAGUGCUGAGAAGUCUUAACACAUGGGAUCAACCCUGCAGCUCUAGACUCCAUUGGUUAAUCCUUAGGAUGGUGGUUUUCUCUAGAGAAAAUUUUGAUGAAUUUCAAUUUUCAACUGUAUGGUGGUAGCUAUUGAUUUUCAGAUUCAAGAUGGUUUCAUAAUUUGUUGUCUUUUUAUUUUUUAAUCUUUUCUCUUGAAGAAUUGAAAAAAGUAUAAUUUUCACUAUAUUCAAGGCUUUGCAAUUUGUCCUUGUUUA